AUGUGCGACGCGACCAUCUGCUUCCUGUUCCAGCCGCUGAUGCGGCGGGCGCUGCGCUUGACGCAGGAUCUGACGGAAUCUUCUCCCACCACCAACGCGUCUGAAGCUGGCGUCCUAGUCCCCAGUCCCCGACGUCUAAGAGAAGAAGGGAAGGAGGACUGUGAAGAAGGCACAUGGGUAGACGGAAACGGAUGUAGAAGGGAAAGCGAAAGCACAACACCCCCUGUGGCAGCCGACAGCUUCUGGUUGACAUGCAACCCGAUCCGCACGUGCGAGCGCGUCAUCCGGGCGCCCGAGGGCUCGGUACUGGGCGCGUACCCAAUGACCUUCAUGCCGGCGCAUUACAUCUGGAUCGCGAGCAACACCCUGCUGGCGCACGCGCUGCUGGCGGUCGACGGGCGCACCAGGCUCAUGCCGCGGUUUUCCGACGGUGGGACGCCCGGCGACGGCGGGGGCGAGGAAGACGCUGGUCGUCGCAGUGGCAGUCAAUGGGAUGUCAGGGGUGAGGCUAUUGACUAUGGCGUUUUCGUCGAUAUUUCUGGGUCUUGUCUCAUAUUGAUGUUGGUGUGUUGA